GAUCCCGGGUUGCCAGUUACGGAGCAAGUGAGACGGCUUUUGAUUGGGCGCCUGCACCACGGAAGCGCCAGACAGAAGCGAGGUGUGGAAGCUGGCAGUAUGCUGUUGUUCUGCCCGGGCUGCGGGAACGGACUCAUUGUGGAGGAGGGGCAGCGUUGCCAUCGCUUCGCCUGCAACACUUGCCCCUACGUCCAUAAUAUCACCCGUAAGGUAACAAACCGAAAGUAUCCAAAGCUAAAAGAAGUGGACGACGUGCUUGGUGGAGCAGCUGCAUGGGAGAAUGUGGACUCUACUGCAGAGCCAUGUCCAAAAUGCGAACAUCCCCGUGCCUACUUCAUGCAGCUUCAGACGCGUUCUGCAGACGAGCCAAUGACCACCUUCUAUAAGUGCUGCAAUGCUCAGUGUGGACAUCGCUGGAGGGAUUAAGGGCAGGACUUGCCCAGCUGCAAGCAUGAAUUUUGUGUGUACUGAAGGUCUUUGCUAUAUGAUAGUAAGCUGACUUUUCUGUGGUGAAGGAUCAGGGUGAAAUAUAACUCAUCUGCAAGUUAACAGAUAAAGUCCUUGAUGUAUAGGGGCCGUCAGGUCCUUGGGAGAUACACAUAAGGAUGCUCACUUGGGUUCAGGUCCUGUUCCUUACCAUUCAAACUAGGAACUUGGUUUAUAGUCAGUAAAAAUAAAAAUUAUUAUUAUUAUUUAGUUUUUCAAGACAGGUUUUCUCUGUGUAGUCCUUGCUGUCCUUGUUAUGUAGACAAGUCAACCUUGAACUCAGUGAUCCACCUUCCUCUGCCUCCAGAGUGCUGGGGUUAAAAGUGUGUGCCAUGACCACCAAUGAUAACCUUGAACCUUCUAAUCUUUUUGCCUCUUGUUGGAAAAGUGUUAGGGUUAUAGGCAUGUGAACUAUUUUCAUUUUAUGCAGUUCUGGGGAUUAAACUCUAAGCCUCAUGCAUGCUAGAUAAGCAUUCUACCAACUGAGCUAUAUCUCUAGCCCUUUUUUUCUUUCUAGAGAAAUUAUGAAAAAUACUUAUAAAGAUACUGAAAAAUCACUUUAAAAGUCUGGAAUUACUCGAUUCAUCUUGUAUGAUUAAUAACUAAACAAAACUAUUCUGUGAGUUGGACUUUCUGGAUGAUUUUGAUAGGAAUUUUAAAAAGUAACCAAAACCAUUUUCUAUUACCUGAUUUGGAGAAAGGUCUACAGUAGAGCUUGUGCCCCAUUUGAACCCCAUCCAAAAAUCUAUUUUAACCUCAAUAAAUUUAGAAAAGUUACAUAUUAAGGCUAUGUGAAGAAUGAGCUUAUAUAUGGACCAACUUCAGAUGAGAGUGUCUGAGAGUAUCUCAGAGAGCUCACAAGCACGAAUUCCUCUAACAAACAAGAGUAACAGAAAAGUUGCAUAUUUGUUGAAACCACUAAUGGUAUUGCUCUGUAAGGUGGACAUAUUUGUAUGUGGGAAGUCCUGGUCUGUUCUGUGUAACUGGACAGUUCUACACAUGAUAAGAAAUGUAGCUAGUAAGGAAAUCUAAAAUAACAGAUUCCUCCCAUGAGUAUCUGAUGUUUUCAAAAUCCUUAAAUAGUGAUAUAGAUGAAUAAUUCAUAAACCAAAGCUGACUUUGAAAUUUUUGAUCUCUGGUUGCUUUCAAGCCUUUGGAACUUUGUUGCUUAUCUCCUUUAAAUAACUCCGUUACAAAGUAGAGCCACGAAGUCUUCUUUGAAUGAGGUGUAUUGAGUAUUAAAGCACUUGUAUAUGCCAAGCUCUGGCCUCAGUUCUUGUACUGGAUGGCAGAGGUGUGUGGAAGAAUGAGGAUGUUUACUGUUGGUGAGGGUUAGGACAUUCUCACCUUGCUGGUGGGAGUAGAAGAUGGUACAGUAUAGGAAGGGAAGAUAAAGCCCCAUGCUUCUGCCUGCGUCAAUCUCAGUUCGUUCAGUAAACUUUUCUCAGCAAAGCUGGUAUUUUGAUUAUGUAGCAGGAUUUUCCCUGUCCAAUUAAUUUAAUUAUUAAUACAAUAAGAAGCCUGUGAUUGGACAGAGUUGUAGAGAUAGGGAGCCACAGAGGAGAAGAGGAGGAAGAAAAUGGAGGACAAACAGGACAAUUCAGAUUCUGCGUGGCUUUAAAUAGCCACAGGUAGCUGUAGUAUAGGGAUAGAAUAAUUGGGAUAACUUGUCUAAUCUAGGUGGGCAGCUUGUAUCAUCGAUUGACUCUGAAAUUAUUGUGUGGGUAUCUUGUGAAUUGAGAAUUUAUUGAUAUAUAAAUCUGACUAAUUAUAAGCUUCUAGAGUUUUGAUUUUACUGUGUUACUAGGAAUUGUGACAGCUAACUGGAGGUAGGUGGUCAUUGCAUGGGCUGGUGUGGCAACAACCCCCCAAGAGAACUUGGCGAGUCAGGUGGAGUCUGCUGAGAUAAGAACACCCCUUUCGGGAACUUGCCGUUCUUUUUAAUAUUUCCCACAACAGGAUUAGGCCUCAGAAAAGAAUUUCACAAUAAUUGGGUCAAGUAUCCUAAAAAUAGCCAUGUUUAUGAUUUGGGUGGCCUUUUAAGAGGAUUGUUCAGUAAUACUCCACCCCCACCCCUAUUUUCAGAUCACAGAGUGAUUCUGUAGAUAACAAGGAUUCAAACAGUUCUUAAUAUAUCACGUUACAAGGGAGUUAAGGUUUAAGUUUUGACUGUCAACAAAGAAACUAUCUUUGUGAGUUAUAGACUUACAGCUGGGAAAAGUUAAACUCAAAGGUCAUGUGUUAAAACUUAUUAUUGGACUAGAGAGAUGGCUCAGUGGUAUAAGAGCACUGGCUGCUCUUCUAGAGUUAGGGUUAGUUCAGUUCACAGCAGCCACACAAUUGCUCACAACCAUCUGUAAUGGGAUCCGAUGCCCUCUUCUGGUGUGUCUGAAGACAGCAACGGUGUACUCAUACACAUUAAAUUAAUCUUUUAAAAAA